AUGUUGAAGAUAUGGUUCUACAUUCUAAUCAUUCUUCAUGAAAUAACAAAUGCUGCAGAAAUAUCUUAUAAUCAACCAAAAUUACCGUCUUGUCCACAAUGGGAUCCUUACGGAAUUACAUUUGCAAAUGAAACAACAGUUGGAAGCGGUCCAUUAGAUAUUUUUAUUGAUAGAAACAAUACUAUCUAUGUAACUGAUGAAUACAAUGGAGAAAUUGAAAUUUGGAAUGUGGAAGAUCUCGUUCCAAAAACAAUUAAAUUAGAUGAUUCAUUUGAACCUUGGGGUCUUUUUGUUACAAUUGAUGAAAAUAUCUAUGUCGGCAGUGAACCUAAUAAAAACGUAGAAAAAUGGACUCUGAAUGAAACAAGAGGUACUAUUGCGAUGAAUACAUUUGAUUCUUGUCCUGGAAUGUUUGUUGAUAUUAAAAAUAAUAUUUAUUGUUCGUUGGGAGAGAGUCAUAAAGUUAUAAAACAAUCACUUGAUAAUGACUCAAACAUAAUAUUGGUAGUUGCGGGUAAUGGUAGUCAAGGAUCUGCUAAUAAUAUGUUAAAUCGACCUCGUGGAAUCUUUGUUACUAUCAGCUUUGAUUUAUAUGUUGCAGAUUGUUUCAACGAUAGAAUUCAAUUAUUUAAAUCUGGACAAUUAAAUGGAAUAACAAUAACAGAGAGUAUCAGUACAUCAAGUUUCAAUCUAUUACGUCCAACCGGUGUAUUCUUAGAUUCAGAUAAUUAUAUAUACAUUGUAGAUAAUGCAAAUCAUCGGAUUAUUGGAUCCCGAUCAACUGGAUUUUACUGCAUAGCUGGAUGUACAAGUAAACCUGGCUCAACAUCAACUCAUUUGGACUAUCCAUAUGCAGCUGUUUUCGAUAAGUUUGGUAAUAUUUUUGUUACUGAUCAAGACAACAAUCGAAUACAAAAAUUUCUUUUAAUAACAAAUAAUUCUAAUAGUUCACCCAGUAUUCAAUCAACAUAUUCAUCAACAUUAACUGAAAAUAGUCAAAUAUUUGCCCCAACUGAUUGUGGAAAAUUGAAUUAUUAUUAUGAAACCAUACAAGUAGAAGUAAAUGAAAGCGGUUGUUAUAAUCUUGUUAGUAAAAGUGGAAUAGAUAUCUAUGGUUAUAUCUCUGAAGACUAUUUCAAGCCAAUUAUUCCAACUGAGAAUUCAUUCUCGCACAUUGGUCCAUUCUAUGCUAAUAAUCAAUUUAAACUUGAAACAUCUCUACUGAUCAACACUAAAUAUAUAUUGGUUGUAACAACACUAAAUCCAAAUAUAACAGGAAACUUUUCAGUCAUUGCAACUGGACCAAAUCAUGUCAUUUUCAAUCGUAUUAAUGUAUCAUGGAGUAUACAAAAAAUCUAUUCAUCCCAACUGCCUAUGAAUGAUCAGGUCUUUACACGUAGUGGUUGUCAAAUGUUUAAUUAUUACUAUGAAGCUGUAAAAAUCAAUGUUAUUGAAAGUGGUUAUUAUAUUUUUACUAGUAAUAGUACUAUGAAUACAUAUGGAUUUAUGUAUGAAAACGAUUUUAAUGUAUUUCGACAUAGAAAAAACUUAUUAUUAGAAGAUAAUACCAACGGUUGUAACGGUCAAUUUAAAAUUUCAAUUCAACUUCAUACAAAUACUACAUAUGUAUUUCUUGUAACAACAUAUCAUCCAAAUGUAACUGGAAACUAUUCAUUGCUUGUCUUUGGACCAAACAAUAUCACUCUAAACCCGAUCAAUAAUCUUCCACAAGUUUUUCAAAAUGAAUACUCAUCAGCAUUAAUUACAACUAGUCGAGAAUAUGGCCGAGAAAAAUGUCAAUUAGCAAAUUAUUAUUAUGAAGAUAUAGAAAUGAAUGUGAUGAUAUCUGGUUCAUAUACUAUUACAAGUCAUAGUAAUAUAAACACAUUUGGAUAUCUCUAUAAAGAUCGUUUUAAUCCAUUAAAACCUCUUGAAAAUAGUAUCACUCGAAAUGAUGAAAAUUGUGAUAAUAGUCAAUUUCAAAUUGUUUUCGAUCUUUAUGCCAAUUCAACAUAUGUAUUAGUAGUAACAACAUAUUUUCCAAAUAUAACAGGAGAAUUUCUCAUCUCUGCAUCUGGUCCAAAGAAGAUCAAUUUCAAUCCCAUUGAUAUUCAAACAAUUUAUACAUCAAUAUUAACAAAAGAUACUCAAACAUAUUCUCGAGUUUGUGGUCGAACACAAUAUUAUUAUGAAACAAUAGAAAUCAAUGUAGAAAAUUCAAGUAUCUAUAGAUUUGAUAGUAAUAGUAGUAUUAUUAUAUAUGGUUAUAUUUAUGAAAAUAAUUUUAAUCCAUUUAAUCCAACUGAUAAUUUAGUUACACGAAGUAAUUAUAGUUGUGGUGGAUAUGAAUUUCAAUUUACCGCUUAUCUUCAUUCUAAUAUAACAUAUAUAUUAGUUAUAACAACAUUUCAUUCAAAUGUUCAAGGACCAUUCUCAUUAAUUAUCUAUGGAUCAAAUAAUAUCACUCUCAAUCGUACUAUUAAUAAUCGUGAUGAGUGUAUUGUUGGAGAUCGGUGUAAUUCUUAUACAAAAGGUAUUGGUUUAACUUUAGAUGAUAUUUUACGUAAUGAAAUACGACGUAAUACAACAAUAAAUAAUCAAUCAUUUUUAAUAAAAAUCAGCAUUGCUCUUACGAUAAUUAUAUUUGUUGGAGGUUUAAUAAAUAGUAUUCUUUCUUUAAUAACUUUUCAAAAUUUAGAAUUACGAAAAGUUGGUUGUGGAAUUUAUCUUUUAUCAUCAUCAAUAACUUCUCUUCUGACAAUAUCAAUGCUAACAAUUAAAUUUUGGUUUGUUAUUUUAACACAAAUAAAUUUAUCUGUUAAUAAAUCAAUUCUUCAAAUUGGUUGUAUAUCUAUUGAAUCGCUUCUUAAAGUUUUUGUAUAUGCAGAUACUUGGUUAAAUGCUUGCGUAGCUGUUGAACGAGCUGUUAAUGUAUCUCAAGGAGUUAGAUUUAAUAAAAAUAAAAGUAAACGUAUCGCUCGUCGGAUAAGUAUAAUAUUACCAUUAUUCGUUAUGAUUACACUUAUUCAUGAACCCAUACAUCGUCAUUUAUUAGAAUAUACAACUGAAAAAUAUACAUCACAACAAUAUGAUUAUUCGACAAAUGAAACAAAUCAAGAUGAAAUAAAUAAUAAUAUAAAUGAUACAGAUAAAUAUGAAAUGGAAUAUCAUAUUUUAUGUGUGAUUAAUUAUUCUCGCUCUGUGCAAGAUUAUAAUACAGCUAUUCUAUUUUUUCAUCUUGUUACUCCAUUUAUUGCUAAUCUUAUUUCAGCUUUUUAUAUUGUUUUUGGUACUGCAAGACAGAGAUCGAUAACUCGAACUAAACAAACUUAUAUAAGGCAUAUACUUGAACAAAUAAUUGAACAUAAACAAUUAAUAAUUAGUCCUCUGAUUUUACUUAUACUUUCAAUGCCUCGAUUAAUUAUUUCAUUAAUAUCUGGAUGUGUCGAUGUUUCCAAUAAUCCAUGGUUAUAUCUUUCUGGUUAUUUUAUUUCAUUUACUCCAUCAAUGCUUAUCUUUGUUGUUUUUGUUUUUCCUUCAAAAUUAUACAUGAAAACAUUUAAAGACUCGCUUCAGAAAUGGAAACGAUCGAUCUAUUCGUAA